UCCGCGUCCUAAUCUCUGCAGGGUUUGUUCCUACCAAGUGCAACCACAAUUCCGUGGAAUCGUAAGAUCUACAGGUAAAUAUCAUGCCCGGUUCCUCCACAUUUUCAAGAGGUGCGCUUUCAUCUGCAAUCAACGACGUUACCAGAAGGAACAUAUAUCACAACAUACAAUUGCAUGCGACAUGGGUGCCUUCAACAGAGGUUACGCUCAGUCUCUGCACGGGUUUCCCUUGCAAGCAGCCAUCACGCUUUGCUCAGCAUGGGCGUUUACAUUGUUUGGAUACGAUCAAGGUGUCCUUGGUGGCUUGAUCGCGCUCCCGAAUUUCCUGGAAGCCAACCAUAUCAGUGCGAACGAUGCUGAUUUGCAGGGCACAAUCGUGGCGAUAUACGACAUUGGGUGCCUCACAGGGUGCAUCAUUGCCGGGUUCGUCGGCCAGAAACUCGGCCGUCGCCUAUAUAUCGUGCUCGGAGGGGUCCUCCUCGUCGUCGGAGCAGGGUUGCAGGCUGGAGCGCGUGGUAGCAGCUAUCUGAUAGGAGGUCGUGUCAUUGGAGGCAUCGGGAUGGGCCUCACAACAACAAUGGUACCUAUAUGGGUCGCGGAAACAUCCAAGGCUCAUUCCAGGGGGGCGCUGAUCGCCACGCAGCUCACAAUCGUGAUCCUGGGGCUAACUAUUGCUUACUGGUUUGACUAUGGCAUGCUUCAACACCACCCUAACACUGACGCCGUUUGGAGACUGCCGAUCGCCUUUCAGGUUGUCUUUGUCCUGCUAACGUGGGCCGUCAUUUUCUUCCUUCCAGAGUCACCCAGAUAUCUCUAUGCCUGCGGCGCAGUAGAUGAUGCUGAUGAUAUCAUGGCCCGCAUCUACUCUGUUCCCGUGGAUAGCGACCAAGUUGCCAAGCACCGUGCUGAUGUCUUUGCCGCUCUGGAGAUGGAAAAAGAGUACAAAUUCAGCUUUAAGAAUCUCUUCUACGACACUUCUCCAGUCAACACAACAUGGCGACUCUGGUUAGGCGUCCUAUGCCAGCUUAUGCAACAAAUGGACGGAAAUAACAUUGUCAGCUAUUAUGCGACAUAUCUCUUCAUCCAUUCUCUCGGAAUGUCACAAAAUCAAGCCGCCAUCACCUCAGGUGGCGUGACUCUUCUCUUUCUUGGUGGUACUGCUACAACCAUCUGGACCGUUGAGCAUCUGGGCCGUCGCACGGUCAUGUUGUACGGCGCGGUCUUCUGCUCAAUCUUCAUGAUUCUCUUCACGAUUGGUCUCGGAGUCAACACUGAUGCCUCACUGAAGCUCUCUGUGGCAAGCAUAUUUCUCUUUGAACUAUCCUUUGGCGCCUCUUGGUGCGGGCUGCCUUGGAUUUACGUUCCGGAAAUUUCUCCGCUACAUGUCCGACAUGUGGGAACCAGCAUGGGUGUCUUUACCCAAUGGUUCAUCACCUUCAUCGUGGUCAAGUUCGGACCCAUGGGAAUACAGGACAUUGGGUAUAGAUUCUACAUCCUGUUCUGCGUGUUCAACGUCCUUGCGAUCCCUUUUGUGUACUUUUGCGUCAAAGAGACCAAAGGGCUCAGUCUAGAAGAGAUCGACAUCCUGUUCGCGCGACCGGAAUACAAACACGUCCUGCAAGCCAGGCUUCGGGGAGACCACGAAGCGUCAGACAAGGAGAAUGUGCGACAGAGCGAGGUCGUUCGAGAUACGGUGGAGGCAAAAUAAAGCAAGUCGCACGAGAAUCGAGGUCAUCAAGAUCAGCUUCGGCAAUUGAUACUUGCACAAAAGAGUACCUUGCUAGGUCAAGGAGAGAGGUCAAUGUUUUUUGAAGUGAGUUGUGGCACCAGCCUGCAC